AUGAUGAGUGGGGAAGGAAAGGUGGUGUGCGUGACAGGUGCUUCUGGUUAUAUUGCUUCAUGGAUUGUCAAGUUCCUCCUUCAGCGUGGUUACACCGUCAGAGCUACUGUUCGUGAUCCAAGUAAUCCUAAAAAGGUUGACCACUUGAUUAAAAUUGAUGGUGCAAAGGAGAGGUUGCAACUCUUUAAGGCUGAUCUUUUGGAACAAGGUUCCUUUGACUCUGCUAUUGAAGGUUGUGAUGGUGUCUUUCAUACUGCUUCACCUGCUCGUUUUGUCGUAGAUGACCCUCAGGCUGAGUUGAUUGAUCCGGCAGUGAAGGGAACUCUUAAUGUUCUUAAAUCAUGUGCGAAAUCACCAUCUGUGAAACGAGUUGUCUUUACUUCUUCUACUGCUGCAGUUUUAUUUAACACAAGGCCGAAAAAUCCCGAAGUCAUAGUUGAUGAGACAUGGUUUUCAGAUCCAAAUUUCUGUAGGGAAUUACAGUUAUGGUACAUGCUUUCAAAAACUUUGGCUGAGGCUGGUGCAUGGGAGUUUGCAAAUGAAAACAAGAUUGACAUGGUUGUUAUUAACCCAACAAUGGUUGCUGGACCUCUCUUACAACCGGAAGUUAACGAAAGUGUUCAACCAAUUCUAGACAUAAUAAAUGGUUUACCUUUUCGAAAUAAAAAUUAUGGAUGGGUCAAUGUGAAAGAUGUUGCGGAGGCACAUAUUCACGCAUAUGAGAUUACUUCGGCUAGUGGAAGAUAUUGUUUGUCUGAGAGAGUGGUACACUGUUCAGAAUUUGCUAAGAUUUUACAUAAUCUAUACCCAACAUUACAAAUUUCAGACAAGUGCGAGGAUGAUGAGCCAUACAUGCCACUGUAUCAGAUUUCCAAGGAAAAGGCUAACAGUUUGGGAAUAGACUUUAUUCCUUUGGAAGUCAGUCUCAAGGAAACUGUGGAAAGCUUCAGGGAGAAAAAUAUUGUCCACUUUUAA